CCCCAACCCCCGUCAUAUAUAUACGCGUGUGCGUCUCUAUUUCUCUCUCGCCUUCCCUUCUUGAUCGUUGCUUCAUCCAACGUCCUGCCCAAGCUGCCAGCUUCGGAUGACAUUGUGAUUCACUCCCUUCAUUUCAAAACAUUCAAUCCCUUUUGGCUUUCGGGAUUUAUUGGUUAAUGCUGUAGUUGGCUGCUUGAUGGAAGUCUGUUAGUUGGGUGCUUUCAGAUAAAUUUUCAUUUGCUGCGAUUGUUGAUAUCAUUCACUUUGGAACUGCAACAUUCUUCAUUAAAAUGUCGCUCUUGUCAAAGUUGCGCUGUAUCACCAUAGAUGUUACUGGCACAUUGAUAGCUUACAAAGGGGAGCUAGGUGAUUACUAUUGCAUGGCAGCCAAAUCAGUGGGGCUACCAUGCCCCGAUUACAAACGUAUGCAUGAGGGUUUUAAAUUAGCUUAUAAGGAGAUGGCAAAAAACUAUCCAUGUUUUGGAUAUGCAGCAAAAAUGCCUAACAUUGUUUGGUGGAAAACUUGCGUUAGAGAUUCCUUUAUCAGGGCUGGAUAUGAUUAUGACGAGGAGACAUUUGACAAGGUGUUUAGACGUAUAUAUGCAUCCUUUGGUUCAUCUGCUCCUUAUAAGGUGUUCGAAGACUCCCAACCAUUUCUUAGAUGGGUGCGUCAGCAAGGCCUUAUGGUUGGCAUCGUGAGUAAUGCAGAGUACCGGUACCAGGAUGUGAUCCUUCCAGCCUUAGGCUUGAAUCAGGGAUCAGAAUGGGACUUCGGAGUAUUCUCCGGUCUCGAGGGUGUGGAGAAACCAGAUCCUAGAAUCUACGAGAUUGCGAUCGAGAGGGCUGGAAAUAUAGCUCCAGAAGAAGCUCUCCACAUUGGAGACAGUUUGCGAAAAGAUUAUAUCCCUGCGAAGAGCGUGGGAAUGCAUGGCCUGCUAUUGGAUAGAUUUGAGACAUCAGAUGCUGAGGAAUGGAGGAAAUCUGGGGCAGUGGUGCUUCCCGACCUGAUGGCUGCCAAAGAGUGGCUUCAGAAUAACUGAUUUGCUAAGUUAUCUGCUUCUCUUGUUAUAGAGAAAAAAAAAAAAAAAAAAAAA